AUGGCUCCUGUGAAAACCUCAUCUAUGUUUCAGUCACUGCUGUUGCUGAUGUGCCUGGUGGUUAUAGUGAAGUCAGGAAUUGCAAUCCCACAAAAUCCAGGAUGCACAAAUACUGAAGACAAGCAAUUCCCUCACCAUGUGAAUGUCAACCUAAACAUCCUUAACCGGAAAACAAAUUCCAGACGGCUUGCAACUUACAACCACCGAUCCACCUCACCUUGGGAUUUCCAUCGCAAUGAGGACCCUGAGAGAUACCCCCCUGUGAUCUGGGAAGCUAAAUGCCGCCAUGAUGGCUGCAUCAAUGCUGCAGGGAAAGAGGACCACCACAUGAACUCCGUGGCCAUCAAGCAGGAGAUCCUGGUCCUGCGCAGGGAGCCCCCACACUGUCCCCACUCCUUCCGGCUGGAGAAGAUGCUGGUGGCUGUGGGCUGCACCUGUGUCCCCCCAAUCGUUCAGCAGGUGAUUUAA